CAGCGUUUUCAGUCGCUCCGUGAAGCCCGCCGCACUCACAUCGAAAACGCGCGUAAAUCGUCGGAUUCAAAUCGCCUCGAAUCGCUACGCACUUGGAGACGAAUAUCAAAUAUAUGAAAAUAAUUAAUUACGAGGCUGCCGAAUAAGCGGAAUCAAAUUGAUUUCCCUCGACUGCAUUUUGCAGUGACACCAUCAAACCAAAAAUAAAUUAGAAAGUCUAGUACUCACAAUACAGACUUGCCAAAAUGCCGAAGCCCCUUUUAAAUUCGUGCUGUUUGUGCCAAUCGACCCGGAAUGGCUCCGUCAUCUCGGGCAUCCUGGCGAUAGUCCUGUCGAUCAUUACCAUUGUGGUGAUCUUCACGACACGUGUGCACUUCAAGACGAUAAUCUUUGACUUCAUCCCCAAUGACAUUGUGAAGAUUAUCCUAGUCAUCAAUUUGUGCAUGACGAUCUUGAUAUCGUUGCUCAUGGUCAUAGGUGCGCUGAAGCGGAACCACUAUCUGAUGGUCCCAUGGGUGGUCCUCGGCAUUAUGAUUGCCAUCGGUCUGCUGAUCUCCGUCAUCUACACGGGCAUCGUCUUCUUCAUCGACGGCUACGUGCUGACUGGCGUCAUUUGGCUGAUCUUCGGCCUAAUUGUCUGCGCCAUUAUGACCUACUGCUGGUGCGUGGUCUAUAGUGAAUACGCCAACCUGUCCGAGGAGAACGAACGCGGUCGUUACAACAAGCAGCCGUACCGCCGCUAGGAUCUCCAGGAGCACUAUUCAUCAGAAAUUGCAUUCUAGAAGCAGCCUUCAACACCCAUACAUCUUCAUCCUAGCUUCUUAUGUUCGUUUUUAGUGAUUAUGUCUAACUAAUAAUUUUAAUUUAGUUGAGGCGAGCCAGCCCUUCGCUCACAUCGAAUUUACGCGGCCCGCGGCAUUAAGUGCAAUGGAAUAAUGUAUUUAACAUUUAAAUAAAACUUUAAUCCAGAUAUUAUGUGAAUUUCUGUUGUAAUUUGUACGUAAUACUUGUAAUUGUGAAUGAGGACUUCAAAAACCGAAUAUGAAUAACAAAAAUAAAAACAAACUGUUUAUUUAUCAA